AUGGGUGAUUACCCAAUGGGUUUCCGGUUCUCCCCCACCGACGAGGAGUGCAUCAGAUAUCUCCUGGGGUUCGUCACGGGGAAUCCCCUGCCCUCCCACGACCACAUAUCCACCGCCGACCUUUACGGCGACUCCGAGCCGUGGGACCUUUUCGGAGAUUCCGCCGCCGCCGCCGGGUGUCGGUACUUCUUCACGAGGCUGAAGCGGGUCGGCGGCGGGGCGACGUCGGCGGGCAGGCGGUUCUCGAGGAACGUCGGGCAGGGGACUUGGUCCAACAAGGGCCAGAAAUCGGACGUUUUCUGCGGGAAGGGCGGGUUGAUCGGGCACACGAGAAGCUUCCGGUACGAACCAAGGAAGUCGCCGGCGAAGGGUCCGGCGAGGGGCCGGUGGGCGUUGAAGGAGUACGCGCUGGCGGAGGAUCCGGUGAUGGAGGGCCGUGUGGUGAUGGCGGACUACGUGCUCUGCCUCCUCAAGAAGAAGAAGAAGAACUUUGAUGACGUGGAUGAUGACGGGGACGAUGAGGGGACUUCGGGCGGGUUUCUGCCCGACUCGCGGGUCGGAGGGGAUUCAGGCAAGCGGACGGGCAGUCAGGCAGUGGAAGGAGAGAGGAACGAGGAAAUUGGGCAGUCCGGACUAAUGACGAAUCGGGAGGUUACGAUCGCUGACCGGUCGCACGAAAACGGGCACUACUGCCCGUCGAGGGUGCAUUGA